AUGAGUUCAGCAAUUAAGCAUUUUAGCCAUCCGGAGCACGAACUUAUCUUGAAGGAGAAUGAUGUUAUUGAAGACACUGCUACUUGCUAUGUCUGCAGCAGAACAGUCAUCGGCUUUCCUACGUAUACCUGUACUAGUCAUGCUGCCCAUGAUGAUGAUGAUGUUCGAUGUAAACAUUUUUACCUGCACCAGACUUGUGCAAAAUUACCCCCACGCAUUUUCCCUCACAAUAUGCACAGCCGACACCGCCUUACUCUCAAACGACGCUCUGGUAGAUACUAUUGUGACGGUUGUCAUCUUCAAAUAAAGUUCGCUUAUGGGUGUGAUCCUUGUGGCUUUGGUUUAUGUGUUGCUUGUGCUUUUCCUUGUCCUCCUGAUGAUGAUGAACAGAGAGAGCUUCAUCAUGAAGGUCACCAGGAGCACACACUAGUACUAUUGCAGAGGCAAGCUUUGUUUAAAUGUGAUGCGUGUUGGGUGGAGGCUAAAGACUUUUCUUAUGUAUGCAAAACCUGUGAUUUUUGGAUCCACAAGAAGUGUGCUCUCUCUCCGCCCAUUAUUGCAGAGCCUGCUAAUCACCAUCACCCUCUUCAUCUUAUCUUCUCUAUUCCAGAUGAACAUCGCUAUUUCUCCCGAUGGUGCAACAUCUGUGGUGACUAUGUUCCUGUCAUCUCCUGGAUAUAUUACUGUCACAAAUGCACAUAUUUCGUGCAUAUGAAAUGUGCUACAGCCCCUGCAUUAAAUGAGACUGAAGUCGCUGGCAGUGACAACGACCCAGGUUUGAUAGAAUUUCCUCUGCAUAGCUUGGAAGCUAUAAGCGAUUUCAUGACAACCCGAUUUUCAAUAUCCCAAGUUGACUUUGAAGGUGAGCAUAAAGAUACUGCCAUGACAUCAACCAGACCUAAUGACCCGCAUAUAAUUGAAAAGCAUUGGAGUCACCCCGAUCAUCCAUUACAACUGUUUCAGUUAAUCAUUAAUGAGCAUGACAACGACGACGAAGAUGAUGACAACACCACACCAGGAUUGAUAUGUGAUGGGUGCAUUCAACCCAUCACCGCUACCCAUCCCUCGUACUACAGUUGUACCCGUUGUAAUUUCUUUCUCCACUCCGUAUGUGCCACUAAUUUGCCAGACGAGUUGCCUAUAGGAGUUUCCACGUUUCACCCUCAGCAUCCGCUUGUCCUUUCCACGAAAAUUAGAUUCUACGUAGCAGCACAGUGCGGAGUUUGUGGCUGCUUGACAAAUGGAUUCUACUAUAAAUGUGAGGCUUGUGAUAUUAGAAUCGACAUUUGUUGUGCAUUUUUGCCGUCCCGGAUAAAAUACAAGUCUCACAAGCACCACUCCUUUAUUCUGCGUUCUUCAUCGGAUGACAUUUGCAAUGUUAGUAGGUACCUAAUUAGUGGUGGCAUGGAAUACGGAUGUGAAAUCUGUAACAGCUUCCGGAUCAGUGUACCUUGUGUAUUUUACCCAAGUACAAUGAAACACAAAUACGACGAUCAUCCCAUAACCUUGAGAUAUCCUCCUUUCUUCUACGAAGGUGCAUUCUACUGUGAGUUAUGCGAAGAACGAGUAAACAACCAGUGGUGGCUCUACCAUUGUGAUAAGUCUGAUCAUUCUUUUCACGCUAAUUGCCUCAUUUUGGGGCAAAAGCUCAAGCUAGGAGGGACCAUCAGAAUUCAUGAUAAUAACGAUGAAAUGCACACACUUGCAUUAGUAUUCAAAAGGAAUGUAAGAACAAACUCUCCCUUGUACAUGUGUGGCUAUUGCGGUGAUGGAUUCACUCAUGGUCGCUUCUUCGAAUGUGGUGGCUGUGGAUAUCUUAUCUGCGUUGAAUGUGGCGGGGAGAUGAUGGAUUGUGAAUUAACAAGUGAAUGCAGUUCUGACUCCUGA